CUCGUCCACGAUCUUUCGGGGUAGAACGUGCGCGCGCGAGUUUACUCCAAAAAAGGAAAAACAUAAAAAAACACGAGAGCUCCCGCGGUGGAUCCGUCGCCGCCGUUCCGGCGAUAAAUAACGCGGCGACCGGAAGAGAAGAGCGAAAUUUUUAAGUGGAAAAUGUAACGAUUUCGAGAAGUCUUCUCGUCAAAAGGGAAGAGAGAACGGCAAGGGUGAACAAGAGAAAGAAGAAGAGCGGCAAUUUUCUAAUUUAACGGGGAGACACGCUUCAUCACCGGAAGGGAAGUUGAUGGCGUGAGACGUCACCGGCGCCUCGGAGACUCGCUUAUUUUUUUCGCAGAAGUGUAAAGCGCUUCAAAAUCCAGGAUGAUUGGUGCUAUGCCAGCGGUGGCAGUUCGUCACGAGCGUAGAAGGCAAGAAAAAAGGCUGAAACGGCCGAGUCAGCUCUAUUUAGGAGGGCAAUGGCUACCACCUCUUCAAGGUUCACCACCCACCCCCAGUCCGCACAACAAUGUAGAUCCCUUGCCCGAACUCUACUUAUGCGGCAAGAUAUCCGGGCUGCAUGCUGUGGUGGUGUGCCUGUUGUUGGGCGCGGUGGUGCUCGUGGUCGGUCUCGUCCAACUCGCUCCGGGUGCAACGACCACCAACCACAGAUUGGCGUUACUCAUAGCAGGCGCUGCCCUAAUUAUACUGGGCUUCAUUAUAGCGGGCGUAAGAUGUUACGUGUUACAUUGCAUACCGCUUCCGGUCGAAUCGCCCGUCGCGACGCCUAUUCCGCCAGCGACAAGCGAGCAAGAACCCGCCGUACCUAAAGAUACCCUGGACCUUCUGGUAGGUCAUCAGAAUCAACCGGAAACGGACGCUCUGAUGCAGAAUCGGGAGCACCAUCAGCAUCAUCAUCAUCAGCAUCAUCAUCAUAACAAUCACAAGCAGAAACGUAGUUCUCAGGGCUCGCAUUCCGAAGAGGCCUAAAAUACACGAAUGAGAGGAGGUAUGCGUGUAUUUGUUCGAUGAUUUGACUGACGUGAGAGAAAACGGAGGAGAUUUCGAUUCGCGCGCGGACCGAAAGACAAAUAAGAUAGUUUAGCGAAAUCUUUUUUUUUUCUUCAAAAGGAAGAAAGACAUAUAGCCAAUCUUUCGUAUAUUAUCUUAAAGUAUGUAUAGAAUCUUCUAGAAUAUGCGGCGCAUCUUCUUUGUGCAAACAUCAUAAAGAAAUCGGAUAACUCAUACCCGUCGAUGUCGAAAAAUUUAAUAACUUGAUUGUAGCGAUAAGAAUUUUCCAGCACUCCAACACACCAAUUAGUAAUCUCGAUAAACUUUUUUCCAGAAAAGAUAUUAAAAAGAUAUUAACAAAUCGGGGAAAAUGUUACUCGAUAGCAAUCUGCAACGCAACGUCAUGAAGCGACAUGAAAUGCGUCUUUUGCAUAACAAAAAUACAUGUACAUUAUCUUUUUACACUCGUAUAUAUGUAUAUAUUUAUAUUUAUAUUUAAGCGACAUUAACAAAAGUUUGUGCCUGCGCGCGGAGAAAGCUUCGUUCGAUGUCAAAUUGACAAAUUGUUUGUGUUCGCUCGAUAUAAUUAUGGCCUUUGCAUAAUUUCAUUGAAGGCAAAGGCCGUAAAGGAUAAAUUGAUAUCGCUUGUGUAUCGCGAUAUCAAUUUAACUCUCUCUCUCUCACUCUCUUUACGAUUAUAUUCAUUUUCAAUUUUUACAUUUUACGUACAACGUAAUUGUAUAAUGUAAUAAAGAUAAUUCAAUGCACUUUAACGUGGCGUUUUCUGCGAGAAUAAUUCUCGGCGCGCGGAUACAUGUCCGUCUAUUGGGGUCCACUUAAAGUUAUCGCGUGAAACACUAUACACACAUUAACAGUCACGCAAAAAUAUUUUACACACUGACACAAAAAAAAACGAUAUACUUUCAUAUUUCGAGAUUUACGAUUCCACUGCACUCUUUUCUCUCAUUCAUCUAAUAGCCGAUAUAAAAUAAGAGGAAAUGGCGCGCGCGCGCACACACACACACACACACACACACACACACACACACACACACACACACACACACACACACACACAUAUAUAUACACACGUAUACUCACGCUCAUAUGCACUUACACUUAUAUACGCACUGUAAUUUAGUAUUAGAGGACGAUCAGUUAUGUAAUCGUCUGUAUAACGUAGUCUGUUGCACUAACGUGUUGCAGCUUUAGUUAGAUAGAUGUUACAUAUGGAAUAUAGAUAGAUAUCCCUCCUUAGAUACCUGAAUUUCAGCUGCAAUAUAUAUAGUCGAGCAUUAGAUAAUUUCAUCAACCAUACCCAUUAAAGCGGUAAUCAACGUUGGUGCAAUCAGUCUUGAAAUUAAAUAACGCAUCUGUCUAGCGAUAAAUUCGAGACAAAUGUAAACAUAGUGAGACGCGAACUGUAACGUAAAUUAUGAAAGUUCGAAAUAUUCAUCUAAUAGUUCAUAUAAGCGAUACAGUAUUUUAACUUUUUUAACUUUCUGGCGCCCUUGACGCGCGUUUUAUUUCCUAACAAUAAAGUAACUGUAUCUACUA